UCCCCCCAAUGCGCCUCAGUGCAGCGCCGACACCUCUCGCCACCUCCACACUCAGUGCAGGGUGCGGUGACUGCCGUUCUGAACCUGAUCCCCCGAGCUCCACACGGCACACAGUGGCGGCAGGAGGGACGGUCCAUCGCGUCCUCGACCACCGCCCCCGCCCAAUAAGCCGCAGGUGGCGGCCAUGCUCCGGGAUGCAGUCGUCGGUGUCGGUCGGGGUGCUGGCGGUGGCUCUGCUGCCCAUCCUCCUGGCGGCGACGGCCCCCGCCGCCGAACUUGACCCGGGCCCGAGCUGGAGGUGGACGGCGGCGGGAGCGUGCCCGUACUUCUGCCGCUGCUCCGUGGUGGGUCUGGGCGGCGCGGGGCUACGCACGGCGGACUGCUCCGGCCGGCGCCUCGCAUCGGCCGAGGACCUUCAGCUGCCCCGGGACACGGACGCGGCCGACCUGAACGACAACGCCAUCUGGACGCUCCAGGACAGCGCCUUCCGCGCGCAGGGGCUGACGCGCCUGCUGGAGCUGCACCUCGCCAGGAACGGCCUCCGCGAGGUGGGGGCGUGGGCCUUCGCGGGGCUGCGGCGCCUGCGCCUGGUGGACCUGUCGCACAACCACCUGCAGACGCUGCACCCAGGCACGUUCGACGACAACAGGGGGCUCAAGGUGCUCCUGCUCGCGGGGAACAACCUGGCCAGCCUCCCUGCCGACCGGCCGCUACUGGCCGCGCCGCGCCUGCAGGUGCUGGACCUGAGCGACUGCCGGCUGGCGCAUCUCAGCGCCGCCGUUCUGUCCGAGCUGCCCGCACUGGCCAGCCUCAACCUGUCGGCCAACUACCUGAUCCAGGUGCAGCCGCAGGCGCUGGGUCGCCAGAGGCAGCUGCAGGUGCUAGACCUGACUCACAACCCACUGGCGUGUGACCUCAACACGCGCCAGCUGCUGCAACAGCUGUCCGCGCGCAACGUGACGGUCACCACCUCUUGCCCGGCGCCCGGGGUGCGCGCCCCCGUCGCGCAGCUGUCCAAGCACCUGGCGCGUCUGCAGGCAGACGUGUUGCCGCGGCCGGCGCAGGACGACGAACGAGAGCCUUCGCGGAGGGGCGAGGAGAUCCAGGAGAUCGAGCCACCCGCCCAUGUCUUUGGGUCGGCGCGGACGCAAGAGCGAAUGGUGGAUCUCUCGGAGCUCUCGGAGCUCUCAGAUCUCUCAGACCUCCCGCACCGAUUGGAUCCCGACGCUGAGUAUCCCGAGGACGCCCUCGGAGAGGAGAGCCCUCCAGCGGAGCCCCAUGAGGCCACGAGCACGACGCGGCGCGCCGACACGGCCGGCUGUAUCCCGCUGUUCGCUGAUCGAACGUCGAAGAAUCCGAUGUUCAUCCGGGACUGGUUCGAUCACAUCCCUUCCUUUUGGGCAGCGCUUUUUGGAUGCCAGGUGGGCCUCGUGCUGGGUCUGGUGAUCGCGGCGUGCGCCUCCCGCUUCACAUACUGGCGCGCGCUCUGCUGCUGCUGCUGGAGCGGCCCCGGCCCGACCAGCCGCACCCGGGAGGGCCCGGAGGUGGACUACGCUGGCCUGUCGGCGGAGUCGUGGGAGGACAUCCUGGACGCCAUCGCCGCAGGACCGUGCGGUGCCGGCUCGGCUUUGGCCAGGACUUGCGGGGAGGAGGAAGGAGAAGGGCCCCAAAGCAACAGGAGGGGCGGGAGGCCGGAGACGCCGCCUCCGGCCUACGCUGACCUGGUGGAGCAUCAGCAGUGCCUCGAACGGAGCGGUCCACUUCAUGUUGCAGCCUGACCGACAACUCCUCACUCACAGAAUGGGCACGCCCGUGCGUUAUGCCCCUAGAAGUGGACUGAGAUUAUCGAGGGGCAAAGGGAAUACCGCUCACGACGCAAGGUCCUUUUUGCUGCAAGUUAUCGUUUUAAAGGUUUGACCCUGAAGACAUUUACAGGUACCACUGAAAAUGAAUCUGGUGCCAAAAAGCCAUUGUGAUCAAUGUCAUUUCUAAUAUUUGUAGGAGUUAAAUGAAUUAUUAUUAA